CAACAAACAUUGUACGUUCAAAGCUACAUAGUAAUAAUUGGGUAUUUUAACAGAAUAGUACAUAUGGGGUAAAGAAUACCUGAGAAUAUCAUGUUGCUAUUAAAUAAAUUGAUUCUGUGUGUGUUUGCUGUUGUCAUUGUCAAUGGAGAGGAUGAGAAACCAGAAUCUCGAACAGUUCGUACUACUUACGGCGCCGUACGAGGGUAUCGCUCGCCAGAGGGAGAUCUCUUCGCAUUCUAUGGUAUUCCUUACGCCACCGCACCUACUGGACCAAACAAAUUCAAGGCUCCGCUGCCGGCUCCAUUAUCGUUGCAUACUUUCGAAGCAGUAGAUAAAACCAUAAUAUGUCCACAAAUAGAGAUGCCAUUUACAAAAGGGAUGAAGGCACAAGAAGAUUGCCUUAUUGCAAACGUUUUUGUGCCAGAUACCAAGGAAACCAAAUUACCGGUCGUCGUAUACAUUCAUGGUGGAGCCUUUUACAUGGGUUUCGGCAAUAUGAUAACACCAGUUAACCUAGUUUUGACGAAAAGAGUCAUAGCAGUUACUAUUAAUUACCGUGUUGGAGUGCAAGGAUUCCUGUGUCUCGGCACGCGUGAUGCUCCUGGCAAUGCCGGGUUGAAAGACCAAGUGGCUGCCUUAACUUGGGUCAAAAGAAACAUAGCUAACUUUGGAGGAAAUACUGAUGAUAUCACCAUCGCCGGUUACAGUGCAGGGUCAUCGUCUGUCACUCUUCUUGCCAUUUCGAACUUAGCAAAAGGUCUUUUCAAUAAGGUUAUCGCUGAAAGCGGGUCUGUAUUAGGAGUUACAGUAGUUAUGGAUCCACUUGAGAACGCGAAGACGUGUGCAAAAAUACUUAAUUUCACUGACGUAGAUGAUGUUUAUGCACUGGAAGAGUUUUAUAAAUCUUCUCCCAUUGAAGUAUUCACAAAAUGCGCUAUAGAAGAUAGAACCGACACUUCCCUUUUAUUUGGACCUUGCGUAGAACGAGACACACCAGAACAAGUAUUCCUUAAGGAUGCUCCUAUUAAUAUCUUGAAGGAAGGUAAACUCGAGCCAGUUCCAAUGCUUUAUGGAUUUUCCAAUAUGGAAGGUUUGUUUAGACUUCCAUUAUUCGAAUUGUGGAAAAAUAAAAUGAAUGCAAAUUUUGCUGAGUUUCUACCAAGUGAUUUAAAAUUUAAUACCGAGGAGCAGAAACAAGAAGUGGCGAUGACGGUUAAGAAAUUUUAUUUCGGUGACAAACCAGUGAGCGAAGACAAUGUAUUGAGCUAUAUCGAUUACUUUGGUGACAUAACUUUUGGUUAUCCCAUGCUUCGAGCAUUAGACAUGUAUACACAGACUGGUUUUGAUCAAGUAUAUUUAUACGAGUACGAGUUUGUGGAUGAGGAUACACCCGUGGUGCCACAUACGGAGGUUCGGGGUGCUACACACUGUUCUCAGACGGCGGCUGUUCUUGAUGGCAAGGACAUCCAUAUUAAAGAUGAACAAAACUUUACCGAGGAGUAUAAGGACAUGAAGAAGCUGAUGAGAAGUUUGUGGACAAACUUCAUUAAGACUGGGAACCCGACGCCUCCAGGGAGCGAGUUGCCGUCGUGGUCGGCGGUGGGCGCUGGCCGCUCGCCGCACAUGUUGCUGACGCUGCCACCGCGCAUGCGCGGGGAGCUGCUGCCGACACGUGCGCGCUUCUGGGACGAUAUCUACUCGCGCUACUAUCGAGCGCCCGCGCCGCCACCGACGCCGCCUCCUAAGCACACAGAGUUAUAGGGGUUCAUGAGCCGCACGUGCGAGAAAGAGAAGACGACAGAGUGAAGAAAACGGAAGUCGAUAUCUCUUUCACGUAGGUACUUAUGUUUUAUAACAAGAAGGGGAUAUUCUAUCGUCAGUCGUGACAUCCAAAGGACCAAAGGCGUAAAUAAUAUUCAGCUCAGGCAAAUUGUAUUGUAAGUACUAACAAGAUUCAAAAGAAAUACUUGCCCACUACUAUGUAGUAGUAUAAAAUGAAAUCAAUCAUAAUUCAUCGCCGCAUCCAAAAUAAUAUCGAAGGUUGAAAGGCAAGGUUUAAGCGACAUUUUGGGCGAAACUGACUUAUAUAUAUAUUCGGAAUCAGCGAUUUUUUCCGCGUCAACUGAUCUUGGUUUCAGAUCAAUCGAAGCUACUUUUUGGCGCUUCAGCCAAUUAGCACUUUGGGUACAUUUUUAAAAACCCGUGUUUUAACCGACAAAAAAAUGCACAAAGUUCUGGGCGGGUGGCAUAUCAGUCGUAUUCCGGGAUAUGAGUCGGUCACAUAA